GAUGUUGGCGAAGACUUGCUUAGUGCACAUGAACGAAGGGGUGUUGUGGGAAGCAAAGAUAAUGAGAAAGAAUUCCAUUUUCUUCAUCUGUGAAGGAGACUGGCCACAGUUUGUGGUCUAUCACAAACUGAGGCCAGGGGACGUCUUGCUCUUCUUACUCGUUGACAAAUCGACUUUCCUAGUCGUUCCCUACACCCAGAAAAGUGGUAGAAACUUUCAUGGGAGACAACCUUUCGAGGAACUCAGCAGCAGCUCGGAAGAAGAGGAGGAGGAUAUUGAACCUUCAAGAAAUUCGAAAGAAUCAUCAGACUCUGUGGAAGAAAGCAUUGAUCCAUCCAGUUGCUCGAAAAAGGGGGAAUAUCCUAGCUACUCACAUUUAGAUCAUGCCAUGUCAGGAGUUAAAUCCUGUCUUUCGUUCAUUUUCUCAACCAUCAAAUCUUUUGAUGCUGUCGAGAAACUUGUCGGAGACAAGUGGAAACAGAUGUCAGAUGCUGAGAAAGCUCCUUAUAUAACUGAGGCAGAGAAAAGGAGGGUCGAAUAUGCAAAGGUCUUGAAUUCUUAUAACCAGUUAAUGGCUGCUGGAUAUGCUGAGGCAGAGAAAAGGAGGGUCGAAUAUGCAAAGGUCUUGAAUUCUUAUAACCAGCUAAUGGCUGCUGGAUAUGCCGAAGCAGAGAAACCUGACAAGUCGAGGUCCGAAGUUGAUCCAUCCAGUGACUCCUAAGAAGGUAAACAUCGAUCACUUUACAUGUUUGGUAUAUCUAACUGUUUUCAGUUCAUCUAUAAAUGAUAUAGUUUGAUCAUACCAUCUAAUUUGGAUCGGAUCCUAAUUAUUGUUGCACUUGCAUUAAGCUUGCGAUGUUUU